ACAGACGAGAGACACAAAGUCACUGAAAUCAAUAUUGUUCUUAUUGGCCACAAAUGCUCUGGAAAAAGUAAAGCUGGAAAUCUGGUUCUUUUCAACAAGAGCUUCAAUAUAAACUUUGAGAGAGCUUGGUUGAAAAAGAACAAAGAAGAUCAGAGAGAAACUUCAACGUGUGUGAAACAUGAAGGAAACUUUGAUGGAGUAAAAGUCUCAGUUGUUGAAACUCCAGGCUGGUUCUCAGACCCAACACCACCUGACUGGAUCAAAGAUGAAGUUCUCCACAGUGUCUCCAUGUGUUCUCCUGGACCUCAUGUUUUUCUCCUGCUUGUUCCCAUCCUCAGAUCUUUCACAGAGAAAGAUCUCAAAGCUCUGGUGGAGAUCAUGAAGCCAUUAACAGAGAGAGUGUGGAGACGCUGCAUGGUGGUUUUUACCCGGGGAGACUGGAUCAGUGACGUCCCUGUAGAGAAUUACAUUGUCAGAGAGGGAAAGGAGCUCCAGGAGCUUCUGGAGAAAUGUGGGAACAGAUACCAUGUUCUAAAAGACUGUGUUUCUGAUUAUCCUGGUCAUAUCAAAGAACUGUUCCAAAAAAUUAUUAAUAUGAUAAAACAAAACACAGAAUGUUUCACAUUUAAAGCCAAAGAAAAAAAACCUCAGAUUCUACCAUGGCAAGCAAAACAGAUAGAAGAAGAAUGGAAAAGGAGAGAACAGGAGCUGAUAGAGAGAGUGAUGAAAGCUUUAUCAAAGGAACCAGAAGAACCAACAGAACCUCAUGUGAGAACAGCAGAGAGCAAAGAUGAUGGUAACAUUCCUGACAUGAGUGGAGAUGUUGCCUCAGGAUAUGAGAGCAUUUCAGAGAACAGGAGACGACGAGGACAUGAUGACAUUGCUGAAUGGCUGAAUAACGGAGUGAGAAAGUCAGAGAUCAGCUCUGGGAUUGAGAGCAUUUCUUCCUCAAAUACUUACAUUGAAAACUUUGAUGAAAAUUCUGAAAUCAAUUAAAGUGAACAUACAAAUGUAAGAAAAUGGACAAGACUGAUGAAAGUUCCAUAAUUGCAGCAAAUCAACCAAAAAUUUAUUUCACUGAAAAAAAGAAAGAACCUCUGAACAUGUUCUUAAACACCACAAAGAUUCAACGC